AUGCGAUACAGUUUUGCUUCCACUGCCUGCGAAAGCGACUACAAGACCGAUUUAAUGGCAAGGAAGUUCUCUAUCCAAAUGGGCCACCUCCUUGGAUCGGAUUUGAAGAUGGCUAUUCUAAAAGAGGACGUGGAUGAGCACCUCUAUAAGCGUUCUUUCGAAUUAUCUGAUGGUCACUUGACAUACGAGAUCAUGAAGUUGAAAAGUUUGAAUAGGAAUGAAGCUCAUAAAGCCAUGAUAGAGCUGCGUCAGCGCGUAAGGACUGAAAGAAACGACUUGUCGAAGAAACCAGAUGAAGUUAUCCAAAGAAUCAAUGCUCGCAAACAACUUCCUUGGUGUCCCACUGCUCAGUCCUUGUUUCCCCGUGGAGUACUUUCGGUUCUCAGUCAAACAGAGCAGAUACGAUUCUUAGCUAUUUGCCAGAACAUCUUAAGUUUAUCUCCGCUUCGCUUCACGCAUAAUUUGAAGGAGAUCAAGGAUUUCCAAAGAAAAGUCUUGCACGAACGCCAGUUCAUGGCUUCGUCGGUGGUGGAUAUGAUAGAGAUGAACCUUGAAAAUGACAUAACCGUUCCUAUUGUGCAUCCGCUUGCUUUCCGACAUCAUCUAUCACCUGGAUUCAUAAUGCGACGUUGGCAAAAGCGAUGGGAUGACGAAACAUCGGAAAUCAAUUUCGACUUCGAUGACGUCGUUUCCUCUAUUGAGUGGAGCAUCCGCAGUAGUCGUAACGAUUCGAAAAUGCGUCCUGAACUUGUCACAACUCUUCUUAAAGGACGUGGCGAUAGAAUCCAACUUCCAAACCUUCGUAAUCGCUGCGUAUUGGACUCCUCCAGAUUGUACGCUGAUUUUCCUAUAUGGCAGUGUAACGAAAACCGAAUUUUCAGUGAUAUAGAGAAUGUAAGCACACUUUGCCUUGACAACGGUGUUCGCAUAGCGAUGGAUGCCACCACCGCAUGUCAUCUGAUGUGUGAUCCUUUUGUCGGUCACAACUACUCGUACGUUAUUCCCAUCCGUGUGGUUCAAAAAGUAAAGAAAGGAAUAGUAGCAGACAUUGCAGUUCUCGAUAAGCCACGAAUUCUCAAUACUGUCGACCCUGCUACCGUUCAAAGACAAUUCCUUAAGUAUUUGCUGAAAACCACAUUUACCUUCAAGCGAAGUGAAUCUCCGUUAAAAUAUGAUGCCAAAGGGCCAUCACCGAAUACGGAAUCUAUCGGUAAAGACCAAAGAGAGAAACAUGUUCUGCAGAUGCAAUUCUGGGAAACGCAGAGCUUUGCGAUAGACACUGGAAGUGAACAGAUGUGGACUGGACCUACAUCAAAGCAAGAUGCGAAUCAAAUAAUAGCAAAUAGGACAUCUCGUUUUUCGCGCCUACUGGAAGCCAUUGGUCGACUUGCGCAUGGCGACUAUAUGCUGGUCAAUAAGAACGAUGGCUUCAUACGGAUAUUGAAUAAAGCAGGAAAUAGAACGAAUCCGGCUGGUAUUCUGAAGUGCAGUGAUCGCAGAAUAUUUGUGUGUAAACCAAAAACGCUAUUUUGUGAUGCGUUUAAUGGUCUUGAGCCGGUGAUACCGCUGAUGUGGCAAGUUAGUGAUGAUUUGCAAACUUUUUUAAAUACUGGUAAAAGGGCACUCAUAAAUGGAUUUGUUCAAAGCCGUGCACCAGGUUGCUACGUAGCUCCAGACAGUAAACUGAAACUGAUUGCUCAGAUACCACUUCCAGAUAGCUCCAUUCUUGCGGACAAUUUUCUCGUAAUUCUUGUCGUUGUCGUUUUGUUUCAUGAUUUUAAGUUCGUGACGAGUGAAGGAGCCGAUGAUGGAUUUAAUACGGAGGAUGUCAUGACGUGUUUCAGAACGAAAAAUGAACCAAAUGGUACAAUGGGUACGUUACCUAAACCAUUCAGUAAAAAUCUGAGACAACAGAAGUUGUAG